CGCGAUCCGCCCGCCGAAGGUAGCGUGUGUGUAUGUGAGCGAGAGGAGCCGCGGUGGGCGGGGUCUUCCUCUUCUGCUGGCUCCAAGGUGGCUGUGAAGUACGAGGCGGGCUGGGCAGGCAGGAUGAUGGGGGGAAAGAGCAGCGCCAUCGCCGCGGGCCUCUGCGGGGCUCUCUUCAUCGGCUACUGCAUCUACUUCGACCGCAAGAGGAGGAGCGACCCCAACUUCAAGAACCGGCUGCGGGAACGACGGAAGAAGCAGAAACUCGCCAAAGAAAGAGCAGGACUUUCAAAGCUGCCUGAUCUAAAAGAUGCUGAAGCUGUUCAAAAGUUCUUCCUUGAAGAGAUACAGCUGGGCGAGGAACUACUAGCACAAGGAGAAUAUGAAAAGGGUGUUGAUCACUUGACGAAUGCCAUUGCUGUGUGUGGACAACCGCAGCAGUUACUACAAGUUCUGCAGCAGACGCUUCCACCACCAGUGUUCCAGAUGCUUCUCACUAAACUCCCCACAAUUAGCCAGAGAAUUGUAAGUGCACAGUGCUUGGCUGAAGAUGAUGUGGAAUGAGAAAUUUCAGCUGGAAAAACAAGUGUUUCCUUAGCCCAAAAUAUGAGCAUCACUGGGGGGGAAGAGCAGGGUAAAGGAGUAAGCAUAGAACUCAUGAACUGUAUACCACAUUUGAACCGACCAAAGUUAAUUUUAACUUUGAGUGGGUUGGUUUGGCUGGACUUUAUUUAUUAUCUAGUGCAAAGUGUAUUUUGAUAAAUUCAUUUUAUAAAUACACCAUGUUGAGUUAUAAAAAGUAUCAUUAAUGUCAUUUAUUACCGAUACAGUUGCAGCAUUGUACAUAUAAAAGAUGUAUUACUACAACAUAAAAAAACCCUGUGCUCAUUUUUGAAAAACCCAAAGCUAAGGCAUUAAAAGACGUACCUGCCCUC